AUGGGACACGAAAAUCGUAUAGUGCAGCUGGAGAACCUGCGUAACAUCGAAACAAAUGCAGAUUUCUACGAGAAGUUGGCAUCCGGGAAGAUUGCCACGACACAAUCCGCUGCGUCGUCGCACUCCGAUCAUGAUGGAGUUGCCACGAAUGGGCCCGCUCAGCCGUAUUACAUCCCAGUACCGAUCACGAUCAAGUCGCAGAUUGGAAGUCCGGUAGGCUUUGAAAAGAAUGAGGGCCUUUUGGGUCCUAACCGUGGCUGAUGGAUUGCUCUGCAGACCGCGCUGGCAAUUGGUGCAUUUGCGACGACGUUGACCACCCUAUCCCUCGCCCUGAUGGGUUUCCGAGGUGUGAGCGUUACGAAUGCCUUCAUUGGAGACUUCUUUGGUGUUGCUGGUAUCGGCAUGGUGAGUAGUACUCCCAGAGACUGCGCCAAAUGCACAUAUAAAACUGACUCCUGUAGUUUGUGUCGGCCAACUGGGAACUUGUCCUGGGAAACACAUACGCAUACACUGUGCUUGCAGCCUUCGGUCUCUUCUACGCUGGUUUCGGGUUCAUCAUAACGCCUUCGUUCGGUGUGGCCGAGUCCUACGGUGGAGCGAAUAGCGCGGAGUACAACAAUGCCGUCGGCUUCUUUGUCCUGAGUAAGUCGUCGACCUCAGCUCCUGCCUCUCGAAGCAAGCUAACCCGUCGCUGCAGUGUGGGCUGUCUGGAAUCUCUUCUUCCUGCUGGGCUCGUUGCCAAUCAAUCUGGUGUACAUUGGCAUCUUCUUCACCGUCCAGAUGGCCUUUACGCUCGUUGCAGCAGCGUAUUUCCUGACUGCGGACGGGCUGGUGAGUGAGGCCAAAGCAGUGAAUAAAGCGGCCGGAGCGUUUGCCUUUGCGUCGGGGAUGCUGGGGUACUAUACCGUUGCGAAUCUGAUGUGUCAGGAGAGCAUACAUUUCAGCUUCCCAAUGGGUGACACCAGUCGGUUCUUCAGAAAGAAGACGAAGAAGUCCUAG